AUGACUUUUGUAGCUUUCGCCGUUUCCUGGUUCUUGUGUCUGGGUAUGCUCCUUUUGAGCAUCCUGCUUCUGGGGUCUACAGAGGCCCAUAUUGCACUGCUCUACCCACCGCCCCGCGGUGGAUUCGGUACCAAGGGGGUUGACUGGCGAGUACAUGAGUUUGUCGGGUACCAUGGAUACAAGUUCCCGUGCGGAGGGUUCCCUAAGGGACUCAACUCAAUUCUUAAGGCUGGCCAGAUCGUUCCUGUUCGGUUCUGGACGUCAGAAUUCAAGGAUGUAAAGCGCCUGCCAAAGAAAUCGAUAGGCCAGGCGCGUCAUGGCGGUGGGAUGUGCGAGUUCUCGUUGUCAUACGAUGGGGGUAAGAGCUUUCAUGUGCUCGCGACCUAUACGAGGACGUGCCCGGAUGUUGCUUACGAAUGGCCGGUCAGGAACCCGGAUAAUGUGCCUCCUUGCAGUAAUCUAGGCAAGUGCUUGCUUUCAUGGAGCUGGAUGGCCGCCUUGAUUCCUCAGUUUUAUCACAAUUGUGCAGAUGUGACAGUGCAGGGUGUCAAGAAUGGCCGACUACCGAGUAAGACUAUCCAGCUGUAUAAUUUCAAGGGCCAUAAACAGGGCGUCCGUAUGUCUGGAGAUGGUCAUUCGAGGAGCGUUGGUCCUGGACCGAUCAAGUGA